AUGUUCUACGCACAGCUGCUUAUGAACAAGCGUGGGCCUUUGUCCAAAAUAUGGUUGGCUGCUCACUGGGACAAGAAAGUCACAAAAGCUCAUAUAUUUGAAUGCAAUUUAGAGACAACUGUUGAGAAGAUACUUUCCCCGCAAUUAAAAAUUGCCCUGCGUAUCUCAGGACACCUGUUACUGGGAGUGGUGCGAAUCUAUCAUAGAAAAGCCAAGUAUCUUUUGUCAGAUUGCACUGAAGCUCUGCUUAAAAUGCAGUCAGCCUUUCGUCCAGGACUCCUUGAUCUCCCAAAAGGGAACACUGAGGCUAAGUAUGAUACCAUUACGUUGCCUGAAGAAUUUCAUGAGUUUGACACACAGCUCCCAGAGGUGAAUGCCAUCGAUGUUGCUCAGCAUUUCACGCUGAACCAGAGCAGAGCUGAAGACAUCACUUUGUUAGAAGAGGAUUAUAGACAGGAUAUAUUUUUCCGUGGCAACAGUUUUGGGGAGGAAACUGAAAUGCCCAGGCAUCAUGGCUUUCUUAGUGACAGCUUCCAAGCUAGUUUCAGCAGCCUCCUGGCUGAUCACAAUUCUUCGAAUCUCACUGGAGACAAAACUAUAUUGGAUGAAGGUGCCUACUCCUUAAUGCACGAUGGCUUUGGAGACGAAGGACUCGCAGGUGACAUGAUUGAUGAUGUGCUAGGAGCUGAGCAGAGUAUCUUCAAUAUAGACACGGAGGAAGUAAUCCCUUUACCCCAAGAGCUUCCUGGUGACGAUCUAGAAGACUACCCCAGAUCUAAGCAGGAAGCAAAAAGCUGCCAAAUUAAUGAAACCGUAUUAUUGUCCAGUGAAGAACAAGGAUUCAUACUUGAACCAAUUGAUAAUACAGUUCUCAAAAGGAAGCAAAGAGGUAAAAGGAAGUUACUUGUUGAUGCUGUGAAGGAGCUGAGCAAGUCGACUGUACAAAAGCAGCUUGCGAGCUACAAGGACACUCUGACCGCGCUGGACAUUGCACCCCCCACAAGGAAGCUGAUGGUUUUGCAAGAGUUGGGUAGCGUGGAUAAGCUGAUGAUCAGACCUACACAGCCUGUGAUUCACAAGGAUCUGCAAAAGCUGUUUGCCAAAAGUCUCAGGAAUGGAAGAAAAAAGUUGCAGGAAGAGCUUGAAGCACAAGUCAAAAACCAGCAACAGGGUCCCCAAGAAAGCCGAAGUGACGUGCAGGGGACAGUUUGCCAUUCCGUACAGCCAUCUGAGUUUUUGGAUGAAGACAAAGGGGAUAACAGUAAAACUGCUGAAGCUAUGUAUCGGGAAACUGUCGAUAUGCUGUCUGCUUUGUCCGAUGGUUUUUCAGUUGACUCCUCGGGAAGGCAACAAGAGGCAGAGAAGCAGCAAAAUGAGGUGGAAAAUGAACCUCAACAGAGCAGUCUAGACUGUGAAGAAAAGAGAAGGAAUAAGAUAACUUCAGAAUUAUUAAGCACUUUCCAGCACAUCUACCAGACAGGAGCAAAGUCGUUCAGUUUUCUGACCCUCUGUAUGAAGAAGGACCGUGAAGAAGUUGCAACCACGUUCUACAGCUUGCUUGUCCUCAAGAAACAAGUAGCUAUCCAGGUGGCUCAAGCCGCUCCCUAUGCUGACAUAAUUGUGACUGCAGGUCCAAAGUUCCAUGCGACCUGA